GGGGCGUCCUGAAAAGGUGAUUGCGGACACAGCCGACUUCAUCCUUCUAGAAGCCUGACGUCCUUCAUAAGAGUCUCGUGCUGCUGCCGCUGCUGCGCGUGCAGUUUUGUUUCGCUGUUUUUCUGCUCUAUAGUACCGACUUAUCGCAGACGACUGGGCGAGUUCGUGCCGGUUUUCUUUCGGUUUGUUUAAGGGUAUUUUUCUCCACUCCGGGAUGGGAGCGAGCACAUCCGCGCAACGGGACGCCAAGAGCCCUGAGGAGGCGAGCGCCGUGGAGGAGCGCGUAGCGGACCUGAGUGAGACCCACGGCGGCGGCGACAACGACACCGAGGACGCCAAGCAGCUGCAGAAGAACGGACAGAUCUCAAUCUCCAGCCUGAACGGGAAGACGGACGAGCAGACAGACUUUAACGGACAAGAUGAGGACGAUACUCUGGCCGAGGUUGGCCAGACGGAGGCCAUGCCCCAGAAAGAGGACAGCCCUGACUCGGUCGAGAUCCUCCAAGAUGAGGUCUCGCCUCAAGCUAAUGGAGAGCAGGAGGAAAAAUGUGUCACUGCAGAUGAAACUACACCCACAGAAGAGAAGGUAGCUGAGGAGAAACCAACUGAAUCCAAUGAGGUGGGUUUCAAGAAGAUCUUCCGCUUUGUUGGCUUUAAAUUCACGCUGAAGAAGGACAAGAAUGAGAAGACAGAGCCUGUACAGCUCCUGACAGUGAAGGAAACUGAGGAUGGUGCUUCAGAAGCUGUUGUUGAGGAAACCAAAGAAGAAACUGUGACAGCAGAAAUCCAGCCUGAGGAUGAACAGAAACCAGAUGCUCCAGAAAUGGAGAAAGAUGUCAGUGCUGAAGAUGCUGCAAAGACUGAAGCAGAACCGGACGUCCCUGCAACUGAUGCCCCAGCAGAGACCAAAUCAGAUGGUGCUGAAGAAACUGACAAGACCCCAGCUGAUGAGCCAGCUGAAGAAGUGGAAACUGCUACUCAGAAAGAGAAAGAACCAGAACCACAAGCCGAAUCUCCUACAUCUCCACCAUCUCAAGAAACACAGUCCCCUUUCAGAAGAUUCUUCACUCAGGGAAUCUUCUCAAACCUGCGUAAAAAGACAAGCUUUAAAAAGUCUAAAGAGGAGGAACUGGUAAAGGAGAAAUCUGCUGAGGAGGAUAUAAAGGAGGCGGAGGAGAAAGAAGAAGAGACUGCAGCAGGGGAAGAACAAGUCAAGGAGGAUGCAGAAGAAGUGAAAACAGAAGAACAGGUCGAUAAAUCUGAAGCAGCACCAGAAAAAUCUGAAGCAGCACCAGAAAAAUCUGAAGCAAGCCCAGAGGAAACACCAUCUGCACCACAGGAGCAAAAGGAGGAGGAGCUAAAAGUGGAGGUUGAGACCACAAGUGAAGCUGCACCAGUACAGGAGCCCGAAGCUGUUGAACAAUCUACAACCGGUGAGGUUUCAGAGACCUCUGCUGCUGAAGAAAAAGAAGAGAUCAAACCCACUGAUGAUACCAAACCUACUGAUGACAAGGCAACUGAAUCUUCCGAGGAACAACAGACUUCUGAGAAAUCCCCUGCAGAAACAACCACUGAAGCUGAAGUUCAGUCAUCCCAAGACAAAGCCAAGGCUCAAGGAAGUCCUCUGAAAAAAUUGUUUACUGGGGCAGGGUUGAAGAAGUUGUCCUCCAAAAAGCAGAAGGGCAAAAAGGAAACAGAGUCAAAGCAAACCGAUUCUACCGAGCAGGCAGCCGAACAGAUUCAGUCAUCCACAGAGUCAGGUGAGGCUCAAAAACCUGACAGCGGCGCUUCGUCUCCAGAAGAAUCUGGUGAGCACAUUGUAGGUGAAGCAAGUCAGGCUGAGGCCAACAUGGAAGCCGAAGGUGAGGCAGCAACCUCUGACAGUGAGAAGAAGAAAGAUGGCAUUCUUCAUUGGGCCUCUUUCAAAAAAUUAGUCACUCCAAAGAAACGUGUCAAAAGGUCAUCUGAGAGUGAGGAUGAAACCCCUGGAGACAAACCAAAGUCAGCCACUAUGUCCUCAACAGAGAGUGCUGUCUUCGAAGAGAAAGCUGAGGAGAUUAAACCAAAUGAUGAAGUAAAGGAAGAAGCAAAGGAGGAAUCACAGGUCGAGUCCAAGACUGAGACAAAAGCUGAAAAGACUGAACAAACCACAGAGGAGCCUAAGAAGAAGAUUGACACCUCAGUAUCCUGGGAAGCCCUUAUUUGUGUGGGAUCAGCUAAAAAGAGGGCCAAGAAGAAUUCAGACUCUGAUGACGAAGAAACUAAGAUUGAGGAAGAGGUUCAGCAGCCAGGGGAAGAACAGGCCAAGAAUGCAGAGUCUCCUCUUGAAAGCUCACAGGAGGUCGAGCGUGAAAAUUUGGCUUCUUCUCCAGAACAAGAAGGAGAGCUUGUCUCUACAUGGGAGUCCUUCAAAAGGCUGGUAACACAACGUAAGAAACCAAAGGCUGAAGAGAAGGCUGAUGAAGCGCAGGGUCCAGAGCAGCCAACAUCUGACAGUGAACUGCCAAAGGAAGAGUCAUCCUUCUCCCUUAGAAAACUAAUUCCCAGAAGAAAGAAGAAGUCCGAUGCUAAACAAGGACAGGUGUCUUCUGAUGUCGGAUCUGCAGAAGAAGAUUCUGAUACACCUGCUGUGGUACCGCUGUCCGAGUAUGAUAACGAACAACCAGAGAAGACUAAGGAUGAACAAGAAAAGCCAGAGGAGGCAAAGCCAGAAGUCACACCUGUCACUCCAGUCACUCCUGGAAAAGCAUCUGCUGAGGACAGAUCUCCUUCUUGGAUCUCAGCUACUGUGGAGAAUGUUGAAGAUGAGGCAGAGGGUAAGCCACUAAGUGAUAUUCCAGAAGAAGGCGAUACAGCUGCUACACCCAAAUCGACUGAUAACACCAUAGCAGAAGAUGUCAUAGAGUUCACUUCAGAAGCUGUCACUGCCAUUGAGCAAGCAGAGGAAACUGAGAUGGUUUCUGCUCUGUCACGCAUCACAGAAUUACCUGAUACAUCUGGUGAGACUUCACCAGUUCCAGAUGAUGGGGUGGUGAAGAAGGCUGAAGCCAUUUUACAAGAAGCUGUAGAAACUAUCACUAUUACAUCAAGUGCAGUGGCUGUCACAGUAGCAGAGGAGCAGACCAAAAGUAUGGCUGUCUCAACAAGCCCAUUCCAGAUUGAGUCAGCCAUUAAGGAGGAGAAAGUGGUCUUGGCUGUUCAUGAGAAAAGUGAAGCAACAGCCAUUUGCACCGGCCUUGACACCAAUGAAAUUCAAGCUGUAGAAGAAGAAAGUCCUUUGAAGACUACAGUGGAAGCUGUCACCACUGUCAAUGAGGCACUAUCUGUAGAGUUGGCCGCUGAGGACCAAACUUCAAAGCCCGAAGAAGCUGAAGUGGCAGAAGACAAAGUUUUUGUGGCACAAGUUAAUGAAGUUCAAACUGAGUGCAAAGAAGAGCCUCCAGCCUCGGUAGAACAAACCGUGGAGGAGACUGUAGCGGUUCAGUCUACGAGCGAGAUCCAGGAAGCAACAGCGGUUCAAGCGGCGGUGGUCACACCAAUUCAACAGGAAAUUGAGAUUCUUGAAGAACCAGUAGUGGCAGAAAACACUCCAAAGGUGGCAGCAGAGAGCCCUGUUGAAUCAGCUGUAGAACAUCCAAUCUGUGCUCAGACAGUGGAGAUCACUGAAGUUACUGCUGCUGAAGGCGAGGUGCAGGAGCUAAAAGAUGUUUCAGAAUCAGUCACCAGUGCUGAGGUAGAAUCUGUAGAAGUUGCAGUAGCUGUACCAGAAGAAGUUACAACAUCACUUGCAGAUACCCUUGUGGCUGAGACAACUGUGUCUCAAGAAGAUCCCAUCCUUGUCCUGGCUGCAACAGCAGAGAUAGCAGUGACAGAAGAGAUUGUCUGUGUUUGCCCUCCCCCAGAAUCUAAAACAGAAGCAGAGGUGAAGGCUGAGGUUGUUAUGGAGAGCGUUUCAAUCACUCAAGUCCACAUUACCACAUGUGUUGAGGCUGAUGCAGUGAGUAUUCCUGCCGAGGAAAAGACUGAAGUUGCAACAUCAGACGUCAGUGCUGUGAUUGAGGAAGCAGGUAAAACAGAUGAGGAAGAAGUGGAAGCAGUGGAUCUGAAGGAAGCAGAAGCCAUUCAGGAACAGAGCACGGUCAUUGUUCAGGAAGUCCUUCAAAAUGUUGUUGAGAACCUGAGUGAAAUGCACACAGAACAAGAGGUAGAAGAGAAGCCGGUGGAGGAGAUCGAUACGGCAAAACCUGAAGAAGUUUCACCUGCAGCCGUGGAGGAAAAAUCGUCACAAGAUGCACCAGUCUUAGAAGAAAAACCUACGGCAGAUACACAAAUUCAAGAAGAAACAAAGCCUGAGACAGAAGACAAAGCUGAAGAAGAACCAACCCAAAACAUUACCGAGACAGUUAGCGAAGCCAUUCAGAUUCCUGAAAAAAUUGUCAGUGCUGUGGCAGAAGAAAUGAAACCACAGGAGGAAGAGGUAUCCUCAGUCUCUGUGGAAGCAACACAAGUAUGUACAGAUGUAGUGGAGCAGGAAGUUGAAUUAAAGGAAGGUGAAAAGGAGGUAGAGGAAGACAAAACAGUCACCACAGAAAGCGAAGAUGGAAAAUGUCAAGUUGAGAAAGAUCAAAAUGAAGAAGCUAGUGGAACCACAGAGACACCUGCUUCAGAGGAGAGCAGUCAAGCACAAACUGCCUCUCUUGAAAGCACAAAGCAUGCCGAGAUUGUCGAGGAGGAGAGUCAGCAGGCCCAAGACAUGAAGAUGGAGACAACGAUGGCGGAUAAGGAUGAAAGCGCAACGCAAGACACUGAAAUUUCUGUGAAAGAAGACAGCACCAAAAGUCAGGAGCCAUCAAAAGAUGUGCCUCAAACAGACUUGGAAGAAGCACAGAAGGAUAUUUCAGCACCAGACAUGAAAGGCCUGGAGGGGUCCGGAGAGCCUGACUGUCAAAAGACAGAUGCUGAAGCCAGUGAGGUGAAAACAGCCGCUGAGGAGACCACUAAAGCCACUAAAGAAGAGGGCACGGAGAAGGAGAUUGCCACCGUCACCACAGAGACUGCUACAGAGUCAUGAGCCAGUUGCAUGUAUUAGGCAGUUGUACGAGAAGCUCCUCUAGAAGAUACAGGAGCAGAAGAAAGAGCCAGAGACUCAUCCAUCCAUCCAUCCAUCCAUCCAUCCAUCCAUCCCAUAAUAUCUCUUUAUAGUGUUGAAAAACUGUUCCUGAAUGAAUGAAUUUUUUUGACAUUUUAUUCUCACGGAGGUGUCAUGAAGGGCUGCUGUCGGAUGGAGAGAAACGUGUAUGUGUAUGUUCUUUCUGUGUGUGUGUGUGUGUGUGUGUGUGUGUGAGAGAUCUUAUCUUGUAUAUUGUAUUUAUAUCUGAAAUAUUCCGUCAUCCCAACCUUGACCAGAACGAGACCCGAAUGAACGGAUGACGUCACCACCCACCUACAAGGGUCUUUUUUUUUUUUUUGUUACUUUCUUUUUUUAUUUUUUAUUUACGAAUCAUGGUACACGUGUGCAGUUAAGCGUUCUGAGCGUUUAUAAGAGCCAGCAUAAUCAUUUCCAUUCCUACUGUACAUAUAUAUAUCAUAAAUCUAUAAAAAAAACAAAAAAACAAAAUACAUUCUUUGACAUUUCUCGACUGUGAAACUUUUUUUAAUUUUAUUUUUAUUUUUUUUAUUUUAGUUCUCUGUGUUUGAGAAGCACACGCUUUCGUUAAAACACUGCUUUCACCUCUAAUAUGUGAACGAAUGAUCGGGUUUUGGGUAACGAAUGAGAUUUGACAGCACUGUUCAGUGGCACGUGAAGUACAGUAUCUAUUCUUUACUGUUUUUUUUGUUUGUUUUUUUUUUUAAAAAUUAUUAAAUAUUCUAAAGUAUUGCCAUGUGCACUGGCGCCCUCUACAGGAAGCCAGUUGAUUUAUUUUUUUUAAUUUUUUAUUUUGUAUUUUUUUUUUAUGAAAUUAAUUUGCGUUCACAUUUCAUGUGUUUUUGCUUAAUUUUUAAAACAAACAUUUUUAUUUACAAACUUUAUUCAUAUUGCGCUAAAAGCGUCUGUAUUUUUUAAUUUUCUGUAUCAUAGACUAACAAUAUGUCUCAUUCCAGUGACGAUCACCUUUCGGAACAAUUUAUUCACAACUUUUUUUUUAAAAGAAUUAUAAAAACACUCUCUUUUAGUGCUUUGAAGCCUUCGAUGCAUGAAACAAAGCAGAAGUGAGAUUUUGCAGAAUCAGCGUGUGUAUAUGCAAAGCAUCGCAUCUUUCAUUAAAACUCAGUUCAUCGAGGUCACCUUUGUAAUCCUGCUGAUUAUUACGACGCAGUAAAUAAUGUCUCGGGUGACGCAGCAGCGACUAUCAGUGUUUUAUUUUUAUUUUCGUGCUGGAGGUAAAUUACAGGAUGUGAGAAUCCCUGCAAAGAUGCUUUAUUUUGAUAGAAUAGAAAAAGAAAUAGAAAAACAAAAACAAAGCAAAGAAUGAUCUUCUUUCAUCACGGCUUGUAUCGAUUCCCCCAGGUAGAAUCCUGUUCUCUUGCUUUUUAUAAAAAAUUAAAACAAAAUAUUACUGUGAAGCUCCGUAAACAUUUGUACAAAUUGUAUACCUGUGUAUCUUAAAUCAAUAUUGUAAUAUUAAAUAACCAAUGAGAGCAUUAGACGAUAUUAUGUAGCAUGAUCUUCUCUGUUUUUUUUGUUUUGUUUUAUUUUUUAUUCGUCAAGCUGUUAAUAGUAUGGAUACAGAACCAUGUCUAUAUUUCAUUUAAAUAAAAGUUAGCCUUGUAAAGCCA